CCUCAAGGAACGUCCUGUGGGUGAUCGAGGGGACCUCCUGCGACCUGCCCUGGCAGGCUGCCCUCUUCAAAGGGGAGAAUUUCCUCUGCGGGGGGACGCUGGUGGACAAGAACUGGGUGCUGACGGCCGCCCACUGCCACGUCCCGGGCUUCAUCAACGUGCGGCUGGGGGGCCGGACCCACAAGGACUCAGGUCGCAUCGAGCAGCGGCGGCGCUCAGCUAAGGUCUUCAAGUACCCACGCUACAACGAGACCAGCAAGGACGGCGACUUGAUGCUCAUCAAGUUUCUCCUGCCAGUCCACAUCAACAAGCAGGUGAAGCCGCUGCCAUUGGCCACCCACUGCCCUGUGCCCGGCAAGACCUGCCAGAUCUCAGGCUGGGGGUCCACCACCAGCCCUGAAGUCACCUUCCCUGAGGACCUCCACUGCGCCAAGGUCACCAUCGUCUCAGAAGAGCAGUGCCGGCGCAUCUACCCCGGCUCCAUCACCACCAACAUGGUGUGCGCGGGCGAGACCCACAGUCGGGCUGACUCCUGCCAGGGUGACUCUGGAGGACCUCUCAUGUGUGAUGGGCGGCUCCAGGGUAUCGUCUCUUGGGGCCCGGGUGUCUGCGGGGACCCCAAGAAACCCGGUGUCUACGUCAACCUCUGCAAAUACACCCGAUGGCUCCAGGACACCAUGAGAAGGAACUGA